AUGACGAAGCGCACCAAGAAGGUCGGCAUCACCGGUAAAUACGGUACCAGAUAUGGUGCUUCCCUGCGUAAGCAGGUGAAGAAGAUGGAAGUCACCCAGCACGCCCGCUACGUCUGCACUUUCUGCGGAAAGAACACCGUCAAGCGCAAGGCUGUCGGUAUCUGGGAGUGCAAGGGCUGCGACAAGGUUGUUGCCGGCGGUGCCUACGCCGUCUCCACCCCCGCUGCUGCCGCCACCCGCUCCACCAUCCGUCGUCUCCGUGAGAUCGCUGAGGUUUAA